UUUUACUAUUGUGCUGCAAAUGAUGAGAGAGCAACGCGGUUACACCUCGCCUUAAACUUUGCAUUUUAAGUACCCAUUUCACUGCCUAAGCGGGUCGCUUAUGACACAAAUGGAGUGAGAGAGAAAAACUGAGAGUGAGAGAGCGCACCGCGGCCAGCUUUACAAGGCUCAUUCUCGGCAUGUAACAUGCACAGCAACAUGAUUGGAAAGCUGACGAUUUACUCAUUAAAAUCACGCCGCACCGCUGCAUAUCACGAACGAGGCGGCAACGUGGGCUGAAUGAGUUGCGCAGUUGUGCCUGCUGUUUGUUUUUUGGGCAGCUGGGACCCCGCGAUUUGUUCUGUCAGUGCAACAGAUCAGAGCUGAUAGUCCUGUCGUGUUCCAACACCUCGCGUAACUGAACCUGAUCUGGGAAACCACUUUAAUUUCACACCUAGCUGAAGAGACAUUGCUUUGGACGAGAAAUGCCACGAAGUGGCCGGUAUUUUACACCUAGAUGAAGAAGUCCACUUUUACGCUUGGGCUCUGGAAUAUCACAUUUUUGCAGGGCAUCUGUCAUUCUUUUUCCUUUUCUGUCUGCCCUGGUGUAUGAGGGUCCGAUUGAACUACACCCACCCUAGAUCGCGUAAGCAGCUGAGCACAGAGCGCAGCGGGAGUGGAGAGCCCCAUGCAGCCGCCAAGGGAGAGGAGAGAGGUGCGAUCCCGAGCUGAAUGGAUGGGCAUGGGGAAAGGGCCGGGACCCUCAGCCCUGGGAAUCGGCGAGAUCCUUUUGGUGUUUGCUUGCAUCUUCCCAGCAGUGAGUUUGCAGUGUAAGAUCCUGAAGUGCAACGCUGAGUUCUGGACAGCCACUUCUGUCUCCCACAACUCUGGAACUGAAGAGGCCUCGGAGCAUUGCACAGCCUUGCGAGCGUAUGCUCACUGUGUUAGAAGGACGGCACGUACCUGCCGGGGAGACCUGGCCUACCAUUCUGCAGUGCAUGGGAUUGAGGACCUCAUGAGCCAGCACAACUGUUCAAAGGAAGGCCCCACAUCCCAGCCCCGCACCCGCACUUCCCUGCUAUCUUUGCCUGACAGCCAGGAGCGAUCCGACGGCCCUGAGAUCUGUCAUUAUGAGCGCAGUUUCCACAAGCACUCCGCACCUCCCAAUUAUACUCACUGCGGCCUGUUUGGGGACCCACACCUGAGAACUUUCAGUGACAGCUUCCAAACCUGUAAAGUCAAAGGGGCUUGGCCUCUCAUAGACAAUAAAUACCUAUACGUGCAGGUGACAAACUCUCCAGUGUUACCACAGUCGACGGCAACUGCAACAAGCAAGCUUACAAUCAUCUUCAAAAAUUUUCAAGAAUGUGUUGACCAAAAAGUCUAUCAAGCAGAAACAGAUGAGCUUCCUGCUGCAUUUGUCGAUGGCUCCAAAAAUGGUGGUGAUCGGCAUGGGGCAAAUACCCUGCGUAUCCUGGAGAAAGCUCCCGGGCAGCAUGUAGAGAUCCAGGCACGUUACAUCGGCACCACUAUCGUCAUUCGACAAGUAGGCCGCUACCUGACAUUUGCCAUCCGCAUGCCUGAGGAGCUUGUUCAUUCGACUGAGGACAAGGAGAGUCAGGGACUGUACUUGUGUCUUCGUGGUUGCCCACUAAGUGAACGGAUUGACUUCAGGACCUUCCGGGCAAAAGCAGCUGAAAAUGAGCCGGCAAUGGGUGGAAGCAGGCCACCUGUUUCUGCUGAGGGAUUCACAUAUGAGUCAGCCACAGCCAAGUGCAAGGAAAGGCUUCCAGUAGAGGAUUUGUACUUUCAGUCAUGUGUGUUUGACCUGCUUACAACAGGAGAUGUGAAUUUUACCAUGGCUGCUUAUUAUGCCUUUGAGGAUGUCAAAAUGUUGCAUUCAAACAAAGAAAAAUUUCACAUCUUUGAAAGGACCGGAGAUCUGACACCAGGGAACUCUGCUCCUGGGAGGCCGGAUGUGAGAAGCAUCUCUUCCGUAUGCAUCCUCAUGGUGCUGUUUUGGAUUCAGUGCUGUUUAGUGUAUCUUUAGUCAUGUUUAUUUUGUGUCCUCUAAACUAGGCGGUUUGCAUCUGUGAGAGACACUCACACAUUGGGAUUGCACCUCCGCACUACAGACAGAAGAGGCAGGCUCUUGUGCCAGAUCAGAGCUGGAUUACCAGGCUCUUCUCCUCUUGAAUCUAGCCUGAUAGAUGUCUGUUGUGUCGGUGGCAGGGAUGGAAGAUGCCUUGUCUUCCUAGACACAGAAUCUUUGUGUGUUAACCUCCACCAGAAGGCCAGUGAACUAAACAUGGAGUGAACCUGCAACUUUUUUUACAAGAUGCACUUCCUCUCAAGUUGUUAUUACUUCCUGUGUGUUACCUGAGCACGUUACCUGAGCCACAUUCCCUCCCUAUGUGAUUACAGAUAUCUAAAUACUAUUUUUUAUUGCAGAUUGGUUCAAGUAAGUGAUCCCUUUACAGAAAAUCCCAAAAGAAAAUUGACUCUGAGUAGAAGCUGGACUAGGCGCAGUGUGUACAUUUGAUCCAAAGUAGCCUUCUGCUUUACACUUAUUUUAGGCUGUUAGGAUUCCCACCAACACUUUAAAGUUGUGUCACUGACAGCCUAUAAUUCUAAUCUUUGGGCUAGCCCAUGUCUACUUAUUGAUGAAUUUUCAAAAACAAACUGAUAGAGCAUGGUAGGGUCUGAAUAGCUGUUGAUUCCUUAGGUAAUCCUAGUCAUGCGGCCGAUCGCACCCAAAAACUGUCUAGAAGUGUCAGCCAGUUUGUUGACAAAAUAUCAACAGUUAGACAGUAUUCGAGCAACUAACCCUAGACACCAGCCCACCAGGUCACAGAUGGGCAACUACUAAUUCCCUAAAUUGCCCAUCUGUGACCUGGUGGGUUGUCAUAAUUGAGCGACAGCACUUCAUCAGCAAGUUGUUUUAGGUCAAACCUUGGACUGUUGAAAUGACUAUAACUAUUGGGCCAACUGGGUGCUUUCCAACAUGGCAUCUGAAUACCAACUUUCCAGAUUCUUCCAGAAGUGCCAGACAUCAUAAAAUUAUAGAAUGAAAUCCAACUGCAGGCUACCUGAACCAUUUGAUUGUGCAGUGAUCUAACAUGUUUGAUGAAUUUGCCCUUUUACUUUAAGAGCUGUGAGAUGAUUUUCUUUAGCUGAAACAGUCAUGCCAAUUCUAAGCUGAAACCUUCCACUGGCAGGACAAACUCUUUGCCGAGAUUUGCUUGCCUGCCUCUCGUGUUUUUUCAUAAAGAAUUCUAAUCUUUUCUGUUAGGGCAGUUAGCACACAUAGAUGUGUGCCUUGGUUGAUAUUGUAGGUUCACCUUGCUCUCCAAGCUCAGAGUGUUGGUUCAAGCUGCAUUAGCUCUAUUUAGAAUUGAGAGUCAUCACUUGUACAGGAGCUCACUGGCUUGAAAGAGGUGUUUGCUGGAUAGGGCAUAACUCGCCAGGUGUAGCAUUUUAGUUUCUGUCCAUACAUAUUUAAAAUAUUAACUGUACAGUAUUAUUAUAUUAUGCUUUAUUUUAUGAUGUAUCAUAUUUUAUUUAAGAUGGAAACUAAUCUGUUAAAGUGCUUGCUUAUGGACUUGCCUUGGCUAAAAACAAAACCAGCCCCAUAUUUUGGGCUGUUGCAGUCAAGCAGCACUGAACCUGGCAGUGAGUGCAGACCGCACCUGUAGAACUGAGUCUGCCUCGAGCAAGUAGCUGACAGAGAGGCGGCACUGCAGGGCCUGUUUUGACACCUGUUGCUCCCUAUACCUGGGAGACGCUGCUUUGUUCUUUGCCAAAGAGCAGGACCCGCUGCCAAGAAGUUCUGAAGCAGCUUAACCUUUUCCAUUCCACCCAUUAAGAAGCUUGGGAGUGUAUUUCUCAUCUAGAAUCUCAGGAUGAACGAAUGGAAGGGGUACCAAGGCGGAACAGAUUGCAUAGGUCAAUUCUGGACAUGGCGUGUGCAUUGAGAAAGCAGCGAUGCUAAUCAUUGUGAAAGGUCUGAAAAGAAAAACGGUAAUAACAGGUGGGCACUUUUAAAUGUCAAGCCAGCUUUCUUUUAUGGCCGAGAAGUUUCUCAGUCCUGUUUGUUCCCUCCAUCUCAGUCUACUUCUGUUUAGAAAUAUUCACUUACUAGAGGGGGCUUGUUAUGGGAGUUAUGAUUUGCCACCCAAGUUUCAUGAAUUGUAAGAAAUUAAAGUAACAGGAGUCCAAUCAGACCACACAGAUGAAGUCAUAUUUGUCAAGCCUUUGUGGCAACAUUGUAGGUUUCGCCUGUGUCUGUGUUCACUAUCCAGUAUUUUGAUUUAGAAGUGAUGAGCUAAUCCAUCCAUCCAUCCAUUAUCCAACCUGCUAUAUCCUAACCACAGGGUCACGGGGGUCUGCUGGAGCCAAUCCCAGCCAACACAGCACGCAAGGCAGGAAAGAAACCCUGGGCACAGGUGAUGAGUUUAUCUACAGCUAAAUCUCCACAUUUAUAGAAGGGUGUGGUUUUAUCUGGCUGCAUUUAUAGCAUUUUAGCUUUUUUAAAAAGUGAAAUAAUUUUAUGAUCUGCAUGCUAAAUGUAUUGAAUGGCCUUGAUAUGGCACCUUUCCUCACACUUAAUCUAUGAUACGUGUGUAAUAUUAUGUUAUCAAACAAGGAGUUACGAUUCAGGCCAGAGUUAGAAAGAGCUGUCCAGGAGAUGUUGUAGUAAGGAAGUAAUCAACUUUCUAUUUUUUCUUUUUUUUCUGACACUUUAAUGUGAUUUCUGCCACAUGGCAUAUAAUUGGUGUAAGGAACCAGGCUCACAGGUUCAGCUCUGGGAGGAGUAUGAUAGAUUUGAAAGUUCACUGAUGGCUAAGCAAAUUCAUACACAGAGAAAGUUGAGAAAAGAAUUUCUGAACACCUUAUCUAGUAGAUGAUCAUAGAAGCCAGGAUGUAAGGUUUGGCUUAUCAGGGUAUCAUUGAAAGUGUGCUGUGGGUCAGUCUUUAUUAGGAAGGUGGAAUAAGUGAGAACUUCUCACAACAGACAGCCAGAGACAGGUGGUCAUGAAGGCAAAGGUUUCUUGUAACCUCUUCAAACAUAUCAAAAUGUCUAUCCAAUUAUUGUGCGCCCUUUUUUUUAAGUAGAUCAAUCCUGGCUGCACAAGAUGCAGAAUAAAAAACCAGCCUGGGAAAUGGCACCAGCCCAUCACUGGUGAGGAGCUGUGAAAUAUCAGUGCUAGUCACUGGGCCGCUCAUUCACCAAAUAGCUCUGAUAGCAUUUGGUAGAAAAGUUUUAAGAAAGGAAGUAAAUGAAUUACAACUGUCAGAUUAUCUCUCAGAACCACUUUUUUUUU